CGAAGAGUCCAGUGGUCUAAUCUCUUAGGAAAUGUUGGGGAACGCACGUGGCUUAUUCGCAUAUGUUUGUAUGAUCUUGGUUCAUUGAUGAUCGUUGCCAUACGCUUCAGAAAAUAUGUCUGCACAUGUAUUGCUUGGUUUAAGUGACGAAAAAAUUGUUGAUGAUGACGGAGACCAUUGUUCAUGGCAAACAAAUAAGUAUGGUGGUAAACCGAAUUGGAUGCCAUCCAUUAUUAGCCCAGACGCUACAACUUUACAAUGUCCAUUAUGUGGUCACUGCAUGGCUUUGGUCAUCCAGGUAUAUUGCCCUCUAGGAAGUUCUAAGUAUCAUAGGACACUUUACAUAUUUUGUUGUACUAAUCCAUUAUGCUGGAGCAAACCUGAAAGCUGGAAAGUAAUACGGUGUCAGGAGGAGGACAAACAAACAGCAGAAAACCCUGAUGGACACAGUGUUUGUACAGCAUCCACUGAUAUGUGGCUGGAACAAGAAGAUGAUUGGGGUGAGGCUUCUACGGCAGGUUUGUUAGAAGAAACAUCACAUCUCUGCAUUACUAAUGAAGAAUCUGAAGGUGGUGAGAAAAAUGACAAUCUUGAAGUGAUAUUAGAUCCAGAAGAGGAUAAGAAACAAUUCUUAGAAGAUCCUGGAAUUCAGGAGGAUGACUUAGAAAAGUGUGUUAGUGAAGAAGAAUGUAAGUUCUUGCAGUCAGGUCAAACUAGUGUGAUUGUUGAAGACAGACCAAUUCCUGAUCAUAGUGGUGAACGACUUAAGUCUGUUUUAGGUGAAAGAAGAGAUCAUUCUAUUCCACCCCAUGUUGUACCCGUGUUUGAACCUUAUUAUAUAUAUGUUAUAGAAGAGCCAUCUGAAUCAGGCAUGUCUCGAGAACUUUAUCAAAAACAUAAGAAAUAUCAACAGGAAGAAAACGUUUUCUACAGUAUUCACAAGAAAAGUGCAGUUGAGAAAAAGACAACUUCUGAAGGUUAUGAGAAAAGCCAAGUAAAGCAUGGUGACAGAGUUUUCUAUAAGUUCAUGAAUAGAAUAGCCAGAUGUCCAGAACAGAUCAUUCGGUACUGUUGGGAAGGUGACCCUCUUUAUGUAACUGAACCUUCUAGUGGAAUUAAACAGCCCCUGCCAUGUCAAGCCUGUGGGAGCCAGCGGGUCUUUGAACUUCAACUAAUGCCAUCAUUGAUUCAACACUUAAAACUGAAAAAUUUUAAUGUAGAUGGUCCUGUUGUGGAGUUUGGGACAGUUUUAAUAAGUUCUUGUAGUAAGAGUUGCUGGAAAGAAGGGGAUGUGAUGAAGGAAGAGUUUGUUUUUGUUCAAGCUGAUCCAGAUGAAAAACUUUUGGCUGCAUUUGGAAAAUGAUCCUUAACCAACUUUGGAUCAUUCUUGCCUGAAGAAGUCAAAUCCUGCCAUGGAUCUCCACUGCUGACAGCUCAGGACAUGUUUGAUAUGUAACUAAUUACUAAAAUUAACAUUUCAAUGACUAUCUAAUAAUUAAGGCAAGAUUUACUACAAUUCAUUUUGACAGGGAACAUUUUACUGGACCCAAGCAGGUCUGCAACAGUUUAGGUUGUACUUUAUUCGACAAUGGGAUGUUUGGAAAAGUUCUUCGGUAUUUUGUGCAUGAUAAUUCUUACUUUUUAACUUUAAGUGGAUUAUUGAACUAAUAAAUAUGGAUUAGCAUUA